GAUGGUAUGGUAAGCUACAUGGUCAUCACACAACAUAACGUGUUUGGGUGUGGUUAAUGCCGUGGGAUCUUUACUAGAUCAGUAGAUUUGAAUUGUUUGUCGUACGCGUUGUUUUACAUCGUGAUCAUUCACGAAACAAUUUUUUCACGAUGAAGAAAAGAAGCUUUUCCGGCAAUGUGGGUGUCGGUGUCUUUAUCGUUGCUUUCGUGUGUGUUUGCGUUGCAUUUGGUACACCAGCAUGGUUAGUGAGUGAUUAUCGUAUCACUGGCGCAAAACUCGACAAAUUAGGCUUGUGGACGCAUUGCUUUAGAUCACUUCCAAAUCCUCAAGAAAUGGACGCACCCAGACGCUUUUUCGUUGGUUGUAGAUGGGUUUAUGAUCCCUUCACUGCAGGUUAUUCUGAUAUUCGAGGCUUUCUACUACCUCCAUUUAUGAUAGCAACACAAUUUUUCUUUACUCUAUGCUUCCUGUUGAGUAUGGUAUCAUUUGUAUUGGUAUUAUUGUUCACUCUAUGUUGUGAUCCAGAACAGAAACGUUAUGUACAACUUAUCAUGACAAUUGGAGGUUUACUGUUUGUUGGUGGAAUAAGUGGUGGACUAGCAGUUAUUAUAUUUGCUUGCCUUGGAAAUACUGAUGGCUGGAUGCCUGGACAUGCAAACAAUUUCUUUGGUUGGUCCUUUAUAAUGGCAGCUGUGGGUAGUGUAUUGACAAUUAUAGCAGGAGCUCUUCUCCUCGUUGAAGCAAAUGUUCAACGUAAAAAACGAGAGUAUUUAAAAGAAUCUCAAACAAGAUUCCAGCUUGAAUCUCGUACAUGAGUUAGAGUAUUAUUAUUAUAUAAGACUUGCACAACAAUUUAGUGCUAAAAUUUUGUAAUAUUAUUCCGUCCAUAUAUUAGCUGGUUUUUAAUAAUAGUAUAUUGUAAGACAUGUUUUCUAUUAUUCUAGUACAAAGUAUGUUAUAAAACAAGAUUUGUAUUUUUGUAAGUUUUAUAUAUACAAAAUAUGUAUAAAUUGUAUUAAGUAGCGUUGAGAAGGAAACCUUUGUAUUUUUAUUGUUGUUUUACUUGUUUAUUAACUUUUUGGAAAUUCAAUUAAAGUGAAAGUAAAAGUUAAUGAAAAUAUAUCUAAAGUUAAUUAUUUUAGCAAAGGGAGAGUAAUCUCAAUAGUAUCCAAUAGAUAAGUUUUACAAUGUAAACAUCUACUGCCAGUGGUCAAUUUAUAUGUACAAGAUUUGUAAAGACUAGUGUAAUUUACACGUAUAAAAAUACUAACAUAAUUAUAUGAAUUAAUUUAAUUAUUUACUUGACUGUAAAUUAUAAAAAAAUUGUUUUUAACUAGGCACAAUGCAUCGUUUUUGUAAUAUAUCUUUACUUCAAUAAAGAUAAGAUUAAAUGUUGAAAAUAGUUAUUAUUUAUAUAUUAUUUUGUUUUUGUUUGAGAACCACUGAUCUGACUAUAGAAAGUAGAAAUCUUACAUUAUCUCAACUAAAACUAAGGUUCAUUAUUGGUGAAACAAAUGUGGUGCAGCAAGUUUGCGAUAAAUAGAAUAUUUUAAGGAUUAAAAAAAAGCAAAAUAAUAAUAAUGUCUAUUGAUAAACAAGAAUAUUAUCGCGUUUUAAAUAAGCAAUAUCAUUUCUUAGACUUGCAUCCCGACUGGAUUUAAAUUAAAAAAGAGAUUUUCACUAAUUUUAAAUAUAUGUAAUUUUAGGAAUAUUGUUUUAAACAGCUUAUUAGAUACUCAUAUUCUUAAUUUCACAAAAAAUCAAAAAACAAUUUGUUGGGUGUCAUCACAUUUUUUUCAAAGAAUAUUAUGUAAUUAGGAAAUGAUUAUUGCCAGUGUGAUUGAUGGUUGUGCAAACAUUUGUCACAUCUGUUUUUUUAUUCUUAUUCUUUGCACAAGUUGUGAUUGUAUUGAUCUUAGUCCAUUGGCCUUUGAAAUUUGUAAUGAAUUGUGAAUGGAUGCUUUUAGCUACUGCUUUCGUGUGUUGUGUCACAGUAGGUACAAUAUUGUUUUUAGCAGUAUCAAUAUUUGAAGAGCAAUAUUGGCAUACAGACUGACUGAUAUAAUCAAACCAUAGCUAUUUGUUAUGGUCAUAUGGUUUGGCAGUUAUUUCAUUCAUGCCUUUCUGAUUAGCUCUAUGUUAACCGUUUAAGUGCCAAAUGGUGCUAUUGCGCUUCUUCUAUCCUGUGUUAAAAGAUCCCAGUGCUCUAGGUUGUGAAACCAACAAUAACAGCAUGCUCACUUUUUGUUGAUGUAUGUCUUUACAGUUAUUGUUCAGUCUUAGGUAAAUUAAGACAAAAUUUAAGUAAUAUUAUACUUUGUAAGUGUACACGUUUUUAUUCUUUUAAACAAUCGUUGCUGUAAUAAUAUAAUGAACUAAAUUAUAUAUAGUAGACUAUAAAAAACAAUAAUGAAAUAUAUGUUUAUAUUAACGAGGCAGCUGAUGAAAAGACGAAUUUUAAUUUCAAUCUAACAUUUGGAUGCAAAUAUUAUUGAAAUUUACAUAAAUGCCAUAAAAUAUCUAAAUAAUAUUUUUAUAUGAUUUAAACCCACUGAUGUCAGUACUUAUGCUCAAAAGGAUGUUAGAAUAACAUUAAAUUGAAAGAAAUAAGACUUAUCAUAUAUAAACAUAAAGCAGCGCAAUCGUGCUCCUUGGCAGUUUUAGACGAAGAAUAAGACAAGCGUUAUCACGUCGUUUGCCAUUUUUGGACAUGGAAUGAAAGAAGCGCUAUCGUGCCGCUUGGCAAUUUUUUAUUGGGAAACAGCAAAGAUCAGUGGCACUGAAAUGGUUAAACUUAGUAAUGCAAAUGUAGUACAUAAAGCAAAAUUUAUAUUAAUUUUAUAGAUUUAUAUAAAAUAGUUAUUAUAUACUGGAGGAUAUAUAGUAUUCAAAGAAGAUUUAUUUCAGAUCGACAUUUAGAUUAAUUAGAAGUAAAAACUUAUAAAACUGCUUUUAGUCAUUUUUUUAUGACAUUGCUCUGCAAUUCAGUGCGUAUUCUCAGCGACAGUAUUAACUUCGCCUAUUUUUUUUUUUUUUUUUUUUUAUAAAAACCUGUAUCUUUAGAUAAAAAAAAACUGUUUUCACAUUUUUAGACUAUUGUUUUAUAUAUACAUAUAAAUAUAUAUCUAAGUCUAGAAUAUUUUAGAAGUUAUAAAUGUCUAGUAAUUACGAUAAAAAUUAUCGAAAUUGAAAAAUCACAAAAAUGUACGUAUCUUUCUAAUUACUUUUUAUUGCAAAGUUUUACAUAAUAAACGUUAAUCAGAUUUUAUAUCAUAUACCUUAAAAGUACAAUCAAUAUUUUACGAGAUUAAUGAAAAAAAAGAAAAAAAAAAACUAAAAUGAAGUAAAAGUUUAUAAAAGUAUCACCUACCUGGAAUUUUUGAGCACGUUGCAAGAUCCAAUACGUAUCGAAUCGUAUCUAGAGGUAGAUUACCGUCAAGAACGAUGAAACUCGAAUUCUCCACAUACGAUUGGUAUUUCUUCACCAAAUGCGGGCUGAUACUAGAGAACACUUCCAUCUCGCCGACUGCGAACCGACAUUCGCCUUUGUAAUCGAUGAUCACGGUACAUCUUAAAUUAUCAAACACAAAUACAUAUUUAAGAAGAUAAAUAAAAGACCAGUGAACAAAAUA